AUGAACAAGGCCUUACACCAGUCGAUGAGAGCUAUACUGCCCGUCUGGAAAACGACGCCCACCACCAUCCUCCACCACGAGAGCGGGAUACCGCCAGUUGAUCAACUCUUGGAAAAACGGCGAUGGAGAUUCUCGGCGCGGCUCAAAUCACUCGACGACGCCCAUCCUCUUGUGCGGCGAAUGUUGCCACCCCGUCAACCCAUCUACCAUGAUCUCAUCAAACGAAGGUAUCAGCAGGCAGAAAGUAGAUUUAGAACACGUCUCCGACGUACAGAUGAGCAUCUUGCAUCUUGCACCCGCCCUAAGCUCCUCCAGAAACGCUUCCAGCAGGAAGAGAUACCACCGUUGCAAACAGCAUCAAGGGAGAAGACAGCCGAGACUUUCCUCCGCUGGGUCAAGUCGCUCGACGCGCUCACCUUGGUCGUCUACUCGGACGGCUCUCUGUCCGAGAAAGGGGUUGCCAGCUACGGCUUUACCAUUCACCAGGACAACUUGCCUGUCUUUGACGGAUCAGGCCGCCUCGGACCAGCUGAAGUCUUUGAUGCCGAAGCUAGAGGAGCAUUAGAAGGCCUCAAGGCUGCCCUAAGGCUGCGAGAAUCAGCAACGCAAAACAUAAUCAUAUGCCUAGACAACCUCGCGGCCGCAACAUGCUUGCGAGGCACACCAUCCGACUCUUCUCAAGACGUCUUCCCUGAGUUCCAGGCUCUAGCGACAUUGCACGGGUCUGCGCACGUACGAUGGGUGCCGGGACACACCGACAUACCUGGCAAUGAAUAG